GAAAAGUUGAUACAUCAAGCUCGACUGUGCUCACGACCAAGCCAACAUGGCCGUAAAUUAAGGCUCGUUAUACAUUCGUAUUUUGCAAUCAAAAAACAAACAUAACGGGCCACUUGAAAAUUGAGAACGAUAUAAAUUAACAUUGAUCAAGAGAUAAGCUGUUUGCUACACGAGCGACGAAGCGUGGCUAAGAAGUGACUCGAGAAGUGUAUGUAUUCAAGGCUCUCCUGAAUUUCAAAUUAAAACCUCGUCAUGUUUCUUCUCCAUCUACCGUUUUACUGUAAAUUGUGACAAUGUGCUACAUACAAUGAUACGUUUUGAAAGCAACAGCGACAGCUCGGUGAGUGGACGGUGGACUCGCUGUAUAAAGAUUUUCAUCAUAUGGACGCUUCGUUAUUCGGUCGCCAAUGAGCAGCAAAUUGACUGUGGGAAAAUAGAAAAAGAUCACAGAAUUGCAUGUGAGAGACAUACGAUGACCCUGGAAUGUCCGUAUGAAAAACCGCUGAUGAAAAUUACAAAGGCGGAAUAUGGCAGAACUUUCCCUGAAGACAAAGUUUGCAAACGGCCUGUGGAUAUGACAGCAGCUCCAGCUGUGAAUAUUAUAUGUAGCAACAACGUGACGAGAAAAGUUAGCUCCAUUUGUGGAAAUCACAGAACAUGCUUCUUGCCCGUGAAUGACAGUACUUUUAAACACCAAUGUAGCCCAGGUAUAUACAAACAUAUCCUGGUGUUUUAUACGUGCGAAUGUCAACGACGACGAAGCACAAGAAAUGUAAAUGACCGAUCAUCGUGCAUAGUAAGGGCCUCCACAUCCUUCUCUACUUCAACUUCACCAAGUGUAAUUUAUUCCACAAAGUUUACAUCCAUUGGUGGUCCUUUCAACACCCAAUCACAAAUGAGAAUCUCAACACGUACACCAAUCACGAUCAAUUCCACACCAAGCAUAGAGCUAUCGUCAACGACUACUAUUUUAAACUCGAUAGAGCAUCCUCACUCCACACAACCGACUAGAAGAAAAAUUGAUAAUGUUUCAGUGAGAAAAGUUCAGAAAAAGAGUACAUCCUUCUUGGCAAUCACUGAACUUUUCGCAGUUUAUGAUGAGGCAGCACACGAGCACCCAGCAAUGGCAUUGAUGUGGUGUUUUAUUGGAAUACUUCUCGGUCUCUUCAUUAUCACAAUGGCGUUCUUAUAUGUUGAACGAAAACGAAAGAAACGAGAUCAACAAAUAUUUCGGUUGAGUCAGUUGCAUUCUGAAGGCUCGGCGAUACAAAGUCCCACAAUUUACCCAAGCUUGCAAUUCCAGGAAUCACACGAAUUAGAAAACACGCACGAGACGGCGUCGAAACCAUGUGGAUCAGAAUAUAACGGUCAUGCAAGCAUACUUAAGGAUGAUAACUCCAUGUUCAUCAAUCCACUAUGGCGUGAUUCAAAAAAUCUGUGUUUGCGUUAUGAAAGCAAAAAGGAAAUAGGAACUAUAGAAAGAGAAAGAUUAAUCAGUAAAUCUAUGCCGUGCAACUUGAGUGGAAAGAUCGAAUCUGAUUACGUAAAAAUGAGCGGUGUUCGCAGAUGUGAAAAUAACAGCACUGGUGACUUGAGGAAUACUAUUGAAAACAUGAGCAGCGGAAAACGAACAGGGGCCAGUGAUGCAGCGGCUAGCUGUUGCGACGGUACUUCAAGUAGUUUCUCCAAAAGGAAGGAGGAACGGGCAAUCGUUGCCAACUACCUCAACAAAAAUCCAACAAAAAAACGGGAAGUCCUGCUGAACUUCAAUCAGCAGCCUGCAAGCACCAUAGAGGUUGGAAUUAUUUCGCACCCAGUUGCCAGCACCAAAAUUUUCCUCUCACAAUCGUCCAGGCAGACAAGAGCGGAUGUGAUAAACAGAGAGACAGAAGAACCAGAUAAAAAAAGCGAAGGGGAAUAUUUUUCAGAGACUCUAGUUGGACAGAAACUGCUCUCUAAAUUUGGUUUGGACAAUGAAGAUCACGAUGGCAACGAAAACUCAAGAAAUACAACACUAUCAACGCCCUGUCUCAGAACUGUCGACUUUAACAACAAAAGCCAAUAUCGAGCAAAAAAUUCUGAGCUCAAAGUUCAUUCAAGACCACUUAGAAGUAAAAGUUUCGACUCAAGUUGUCCAUAUAGAGAAAAAAUUUUGCUAGCCGAUCUGUUACCACCUAAACCAAGCAAGCCAAAUAAAUUCCCUCAAAGCACUAGCAACAUCCUUUUACAUAUGAGUCAACCUCCACCAUUCAAAAAACCGCUGAAGACACAAAUACAUGAAACUAAGACCAACACAAAAGAAAAAGAUGAGAAAUAUUAUAAUACACCCCUUAGUAUAACGAGCAGAUGUGAAGUGAAAUCACCAAAGAAAACAAGAACUAGCUCUGGAUAUUACAGUAACACAACGUCACCACUGAUAGACCAGUCUACAGAAAACAUGAAUUCAGAAGUAGAUAAUGAUGCGCUUGAGGGUAAGCAACGAAUACCGUUGAAUGGAGAAGAUGAUCUACCCCCAUUACCACCCCCAGCACCUCGACUUACGCCCAUUAUUCCCUUACCGCACACAUCUGUCAGUGUGUAUGAACAGGCAAUUUCAAAAGACAAAAUUACCGAAGGGGUUUCCUCAAGGACUGGUGGAAAAAAAGUGCAUUUUGAGCAGUCGGCAAAACCAUAAUCAAGUUUGCAAAUAUUACAUUCUUCCUCACAAGCACCGAGCAAUUUUCAAAAGCAACAAGAAAAACGUACCUACCUAUGUAGAUUCGUUGCAGAGACGAUACAGCAUCAGUCAAAAUACACUAUGAAACUCCACCCUAAAUUGACUUAAAUUUCAUGAAACACCAUCUUCUCCAUCAAAUUGUUUUGGCAUGUUUCGACAUGUAUAUGCCAAAACUCGAGUUGUAGCUAUUUAUUUACACCUACGCUUGAUCUGUCGUUUUCUCCAUCCAUUAUGAAAGCUACUACUGUAGCGUAACUAUAUUUUGAUAAGUUUCAACACCCGGUUGGUAGAUAGUCGUUUGAGUCAAGUCUAUUUACGAAUAGGUCAUUCACCUUGCAAACAUUAGCUCAAGCAACUCAGUAAUCAUUUGUCCAUGGAAUAAAAAGUAGUGAAAACCAAGUUUUAUACACUUCAAGUUAAUCAUGGACGACAGCAUUUGUCAAGCCACUCGAAUCAAAAAGUAAAAUCUAACCAAUCAAUCGAUGGGCUGUUUCAAUUUAUUUUGUCAAACGCUAGUUAAGUCCCUGCUUGCGUUGAAAAUUUACUAGCUGCACGUUGGAAGAACGUGUUUACCAAAGUUUUGAACUAAUAGUUGAUGUUCACAACAUAUCUAUCAAUGAAAAUAGAAAUAGAAUCAACAUAUAUAAGUAAUGUACAUAUGAAAAAGUAGUCCUAUUCAAUUUAAAAGAUAUUUCAGUGCAA